AUGCGGGGGUUUGGAGCAAGACGACCGUUAGACCUGAUGACGCGUUUCUACGCAUUAGCUUUGCUGGAAUCGCCUACAAACAAAGUUAUUUGGAAACAUCUUCUCAUUGAUGGAGACGGAGCUGGAGACAACCAAAGUAUCAAUGUUCUUUUGAAGAACUUUACUAAAUGGUGCAAUUCAACUGGGUUGCCUGAAGAAGGAUUUACACAGUACCAGAGGAUGUUGGGUACAUAGGCACAAUGUCAAUUCUCAAUGGGGAAGACCUUGCUGGUGUAUGACAUGAACCUCUGGUAAAUGGAAAGCUAUGAGAAAAUAUACACUGACAUAAAACAAAACAUAACAUCAGCACAUGAUAAAUCAGAAUGACAAAAGGAGAUCCAGAGGGCAAAGAGAAUCCAAAAUAAUUAGCAAUAAUAUGAUGCACUGGCAAAGGUCAUCCAGAAACAUCCAGAUCACCAUGGAACUUUAAAGUGAGUUAACUUCCUCUUUUCUCAGCUUCAGCAGCUGUCCCACAUCAAAGAGAAUGUGGGAAAUAAGCUGGAGUUGAGGAAGAAACAGUUCCAUGUGCUCCUCUGUACCAUCCAGGAACUACAACAGACACUGGAGAGUAGAUAUCAACUGAUGACGACUGUAGCCAGGAACUACAGCACACUAGAGCGUAAGUAA